AUGCCCCCUAAGAAAGCUUCUGCCACACCCAAGAAGGCUGCGGCCAAGGCGACGGUGAACUCCAAGUCUACCACCACCACCACCACCUCUCGCGGCCGCAAGACCGCCACAACAGAAUCCAAGACCGAGCCCAAAACUACCAAGCCGCGUACUACCAAGUCCUCCACAAAGGAAAUGUCUUCGACCUCGAAGAAGCGCAAGGCCGAUGCCGUCGAGGAGAAGCCGCGCGAGCUCAAGAAGGCGCGUGUUACCCAGCUGCGUGAGCCCAAGCCGAAGGUCGUUAUCAAUGAAGCUCCCAAGGAUCGCCUGAAUGUCUUCGUCUGUGGUGAGGGUAGCUCCGGUGAGCUCGGUCUGGGCGCCGCGAAGAAUGUCAUCGACGUCAAGCGCCCGCGUCUCAACCAGCUUCUGUCUGCGGCGCAGGUUGGCGUCGUGCAGAUCGCCGUCGGCGGCAUGCACUGUAUUGCCCUCACGCACGACAACAAGAUCCUCACCUGGGGCGUCAACGACCAGGGUGCGCUGGGACGGGACACCGCCUGGGAGGGUGGUUACAAGGAAAUUGACGAUAAUAGUGACUCGGAUUCGGAGGACGAUGACAGCGGACUGAACCCCCGCGAGUCUACACCCACGGCUGUCCCCUCGGAAGCCUUCCCCAAGGGCACCGUCUUCGUCGAGGUCGCUGCGGCCGACAGCGCGAGCUUUGCUCUUACGGACGAUGGCCAGGUCUUUGGUUGGGGUACUUUCCGGAGCAACGAUGGAAUCCUAGGGUUCGACGCGACUCAUCGGGUCCAGAAAACGCCGGUUCUGAUCCCCGCUCUCAAGAAGAUCAAGCACUUGGCCUGUGGUGCCAACCAUGUUCUCGCCCUAAACGACAAGGGAGGCGUCCUCUCCUGGGGCUCCGGGCAGCAGAACCAGCUAGGUCGCCGGAUUGUAGAACGCAACAAGCUGAAUGGCCUGCAACCGCGGGAGUUCGGUCUUCCCAAGAACAUCGUGCACAUCGGCUGUGGAUCCUACCACGCCUUCGCCGUCCACACAUCCGGCAAGGUUUAUGCCUGGGGUCUCAACAGCUUUGGUGCAACCGCCAUCCGUGAGGGUGCUGGCGAAAGUGAGGCGGCUAUUGUGCACCCGACCGUUGUUAAGGCACUCACCGGCCGGAACGUGGACCAAAUCUCCGGCGGUUCUCACCAUUCCAUUGCGCGCACCACCGAUGGUGAGUGUCUGGUUUGGGGCCGCCUGGAUGGUUACCAGAGUGGCUUGAAGGUCGAUGCGCUCCCCGACGAUGCGGUCAUCAAGGAUGAGCGCAACCGCCCACGCAUUCUGAUCGAGCCCACCCCAAUCCCUAGCAUCAAGGCUAAGGUGGUUGCGGCCGCCUCGGACCACUCGCUCGCCAUUGACGCGGACGGCCGUGCCUGGUCCUGGGGAUUCUCGGCUACGUAUCAGACCGGCCAGGGCACCCAGGAUGAUAUCGAAGUGGCCACCGUUAUUGACAACACGGCCACUCGCGGCAAGAAGCUGAACUGGGCAGGUGCCGGCGGUCAAUUCUCUGUCUUCACCGAAGUUGCUACCCUGUGA